ACCUUUUUCGUUCUCCCCGAACGCUCCGCGGCUGACAUCCCACGACUUUCGCAUCGGCCGCCCGAGCUCCAACCUCUGUCCCUCAUCUUCGGCUCGUUCGCCGCCGCCGAGGAGACAUACCCCGUCUGUAUAUGCAUGCUCCCCCCACCCCCAAGCUUGACACGGAUGGUGAACGAGCAAGCCAAGGGGCUAACAAUGCGAUGGCUGGCAAGUCGAGCUACAUCAGAGACCCUUUCAAUUCCCUGAGUGGUCUCAAGCCAGCGCCGAAACUCAACUCCAAAUCGCUCAAGAGCAUCAAAGCGAUGGCAAGCAAGCCUGUGGCAGAGCCGGCAGUCUACAAACGUGUGGACCAGCUCUGGGAUUCCACCAUCCACAACUACAAGCUCAAAGAAAGCGCGGAAGAGGAUGACUCGGAGUUUGCUGAGUUUGCUUUCCUGGUUCGCCGGACUUUCGACUGGGAAAACAAGUACCGUGACACCGUCGUGGACAUCAAGUCGAAGUUGCUCCGUGCGGCCCUGGUGGACGUGAUGAAGGACUGCAAAAGUGUGGCGUUGGAGGUUGCAGAGCCCACGCUCGACCCAAACCUGCUCUUCCUGUACCUCGAGGAGCUGCGCACCUACUACAAAACAACACUCAAAGCCAAGAUCAAAGCCGAGAAGAAGAAAAAGGUCAUCAAGAAGCUCGAACAGCAGCGAAAAAUCGUCAAAGUUCUUGUCCAAUAUCUCGACGUGGAUUACGAGGACACCAAGAAAACUCUCUACCCUCUGUUGGAGGCCGGCAACAUCACCUUCGAUCUGUUGUGGGCCCUGUUCAAACCCAACGAGAUCGCCGUCACUUCUUGCUACGGCAUCUGGAGCGAGCCUCGCUGCUUCAAAGUGGAAUACGCAAACAAGUGCGCUUCCUUGACUCGUGGGGAAUGGUACUGCAUCGAAGGAAGAUACCUUGAGUACGAUGGCAAGUCUUUCGGGUUUGGCGACUUUGAGAGUGAUGUGGAGGGUUUCAAAGGUCCACGCAAGAUAACCACACUCUCGACCUACCCUCUACAAUACCACCAGGAUCCGGAGAAGGUGAAGCAGCAGAUUCUCGAGCGGUCGGAAAAGUUCCUCAACCUGGAAGGCAUGCAUUACAAGUUCCACAAAGGCCUGGCAUUCAUGAAGAAGAAGAAACAGGUGUUGAAGAUCAACAUCAACAGCCGUAUCAUGCUCGACCCUGCCACCUUCCGAAGAGUCAAUCCCAACUACCCAAUCUCAUGGAUCAAGCCCAAGGAGGACGCCGACCUCUUCAGCCUCUCGGAUGACGAUUCAGACGGCGGAUGCUCAUGUGGAGGAGAUUCUGACGACGACGUCGCCGGUGGUGCUGAUCAUGAGCUUUCCACGGGUGAGGAUCGCAGCCCCAAAUACAAGUACAAGUGGACCAAGGACGACAAAGGGCGGACCGUCGGUGUUCGUGUCGAGGUUGAUGAUGACGGCAACCCUGUACAGUCUCAGCGAGUCGAGAAAGUGAGCGAAACGCCUGACGGCCGACGCAAAAUCUUUACCGAGGAGGAGCUCUUGCUCACGUCUCCUGUCAUGCUGGGGUUUGCCUUUUCGGAGAAGCUGUGGUUGGAAUUCUCCAUCUCCGGCGUGCGGGACAUUGUGUACAACGAGGACGCGUUCGAGUCACUGGUCCUGCCGCCCAAUCAAAAGUCCAUCGUCAAGGCGCAGGUCGAGAGUCAUAAGUUCCAUGGCGCGAAGACGAUUGACGAUGUCGUGCAAGGAAAGGGGAAGGGACUGGUUGCGGUGCUGCAUGGCCCGCCCGGAACGGGCAAGACGUUGACGGCGGAAGGCAUUGCGGAGCUUUUGAAGUGUCCGCUUUACAUGGUAUCCGCUGGCGAACUGGGCACGGAUUCGUCCAAGCUGGAAUUCGAGCUGCAGAAGAUCCUCGACAUUGCGCACUCCUGGGGCGCCGUCUUGCUGCUGGACGAAGCCGAUGUCUUCCUGGAGAAGCGAGAAGUGCACGACAUCCACCGCAAUGCCCUUGUCUCCAUCUUCCUGCGUUUGCUCGAGUACUUCCAGGGCAUCCUCUUCCUCACCACCAACCGCGUCGAGACCUUCGACGAUGCCUUCCAGUCUCGCAUUCACAUCGCCCUGCGGUACAACGAGCUGAAUCAAAAGGCGCGCAAGGCCGUGUGGAAAAUGUUCCUCGACAAGGUCAAGGACAUGGAAGGGCUCGAUGCCGUGGCUUUCAGCGACUCCGAGCUCGACAUCCUUUCGCGGAACCAGCUGAACGGCAGGCAGAUCAAAAACUUGGUCCGCACCGCCCAGGCUCUCGCUCUGAACGAGAAGGAAAAGUUGACGAUGGAGCACAUCAAGCGGGUGAUUGAAGUCGCCGAGUCGUUCGGUCACGAUUUGAGGGGUGGGACGGGGUACAUUGAUGCCAUGCGGAGUUAUACUUAACGUGUGACGUUCUUUUGCCACGAACGAUAAUGAUUACGACACGAGAACAUGAGAGCAAGAUUGGGCAUGCAAUCCCUGGGGGAAACACUGGGAGGAAGUAACGAAACAUAUUAUGGGAUACAACAGAAACUCUUCCCUCACGUUGCACUUCCUGUCCUGUAAUGUGAAGGAAGUGCCAAAUCGCAAGGCUGAGGUGAGCCCGUCUUCACGUGAUGUUGGUGAAGUCGCCGUGCAGAUUGCAGCACGGGCGUUGCCAGCCCCAGCCCAGCUCGA